AUGACCCUGAUGAUCCCAGGGAGAACUCAGUGUUCCUUAGAUCUUAUUGUGGAUAACAAGAUCAAGGAUUUUCUCAGAAUCCAGAUCUCAUGUAUCAGCAUCACCAUGCCAGGCAAACUGUCCUCCUGCCCUGCGGGGAUGGCUGUCACCAGCUGUGCUUGUGGCUACGGCUGCGGUUCGUGGGAUGUCCAGUUGGAAACCAGGUGCCACUGCCAGUGCUCUGUGGUGGACUGGACCACUGCCCGCUGCUGCAGGCUGGCCUGA